AUCAGUUUAUUUGGUACAUUGUGCGAUAUCUACCUCUUUUAUAAGUUUGUAAACAGAAAAUCCAAACAAAGUGGAUUUCAAAAACUGUGUACAGUCAAAACAAUCUCAAAUUUUAUAAUUUGUUCUGCAUUUUUACUCUGGGUUGUCCCCGUUACAAGCCUUUCAUUAACAUUGAAUUCUCUUCUUGCAGUUUGUUUAUCAUGUAAUAGGUGCUAUGUUCUAUUUUUUCCUUUUGGUAUUUUUCUUUUGAGAAAAAUACCAGUUACUAAUGUUGCCAUUGGCUUCUGUGUAUCAUUUAUGACUGCUUGGGGAUUAUUUUCGACUCGAGGUGAUCUUACAAAUCCAAAUGGAUGUGCUAGUAUCUAUGACCCCAAUAUUUUCAUCUGGAGAGGUGAGAUUUCAGAAUGUAGCGAUAUUCUGAUGUUUUAUAUUCCGCGCUUUGUUUUUUCUACAACAUUUAUAACGAACAGUUUGAAUGUGCUAACUAUUGUUAGGUUGUUGAUGGAGAAGAUGGUUGGAAUGAAUAUAGAAGAAUCGAAAAGAAGAAGAAAGAGAUGGAUGAUAAUGUUUGUACAGAGUAUGCUCCAAGACUGCCUCCAAUUAAUUGACAUCAUCAACUCUUACUACAUAUGGAAGUUGAAUGAAGAUCUCUGGUUUCAAUUUCUCUCCGUCACUUUAUCA